CUGCGUUGCGUCAAAUUUGGUCAAACCAUUCUUAGUAAUCUGUGAAAUCGACGUUGGUGAUGUGUUUCAAUAGCCUGAAAUAUUUAUUUUAAGUUAAAUUUUAAACGAUAGCAUGUUUUUACGUUCCUCAUAAUACAAUAUUACUUUUAAAUAAUGAAUUUCAAUGCUUCCAGAAAUGUUGGCCAAGGGGGUGGUAUUCGUAAAGCUAAACGUGUGAGCGAUGUGGCUGCUAUGGGGGCGCCGUCGCCUACGCCUCAGUUCCCCGCUUCUCCGGCGUACAACCCGGGCUUUGCACCUGCUGGCCCUCCGCCGCCCUAUCAAGAGGGAAUCCACUUAGACAAUCCACAGAACUUUGCCUCUGUUGCCCCUGCUGCUAAUUUCAAUUAUGGAUUCCCCCAGUCACCUAUAGCUAAUCCUGCACAACUUGGUUCAAUGUUACAACAGCCUGUUGUUCAAGACAUGGCAUACCAAUACGGCAAUCAGCUGGCAGCGCAGGGCAAGGAGGUGGUGCGUCAACAGUUGGACAAGUACGUGGCGGUGUCGCGGCUUCGAUACUAUUUCGCGGUCGACACCAGAUACGUGCUCAGGAAACUGAUGCUCAUAUUGUUCCCGUUCACACAUAAGGAGUGGAUGUUGAAGUACGACCAGGAGUCUCCGGUGCAGCCGAGGUUUGACCUCAACGCACCUGACCUCUAUAUCCCAGCUAUGGGAUAUGUCACUUACAUCCUGCUCACAGGAUUCAUAUUAGGUCUUCAACACAGAUUCUCCCCGGAACAAAUAAGCAUACAGGCGUCCAGUGCCUUAGCAUACAUAAUAUUCGAGAUGCUAAUGUACCUUGUGACCCUGUACAUCACAAACACCAGCACCAACCUUCGGACCCUGGACUUACUGGCCUUCUCGGGCUACAAAUAUGUGGUCAUGAUCGGGGCGUUACUCAGCGGAUUGGUACUGGGUGGCACGGGGUAUUAUUGCAGUUUAAUAUAUUGCAGUCUGGCUCUCUCAUACUUUUUGGUGAAAACUCUCCGCGUACAAGUGUUAUCCGGGUCCCAGGCUAGCGACGCAGCUCCGGGCCCCGUGUACGGGUACGGGGGCAGCGCCUACGACGCGCCCGACGCGUACUCGAGACCGGCGACAUCUAGCGGCGGGACCAAGAGACGCGUCUACUUCCUACUGUUCGUCGCGAUAGCGCAACCUUUGCUGUCCUUCUGGUUGACAUAUAGAUUGCUACCCGACUCGCCUGUAACUACACCAGUCUUACCUACGCGAUAGCAUCCGACUCGCAAUCUAACCGCCUGUAUAUUAAUAAAUUUUUAUAAUAAUAAUAA